UUUGUCGGCCCACCACAAACUCCAUUAUUGUUGUUCUUUCCCUUUUUGACCCUGAAACUCCAAAAUCUCCACCCUUUCCGUUCCUCCCUCCUUCCCACUUUCAGUCCAUGCAUCAUCGCCGUUUUCCCGUUGAGCCAUGUCGAUUCCUUGCUAAUCAGGUUUAGUAGAUGAAAACCAUCUUCCCUAUCCUUUUCGGUCAUAUGCCUUUCCCCAUCCUCCUCCUCCUCCUCUUCCUCUCAUGGGAGCCCAGCGCCGUCGCCGCCAGAUCUGGCCAUAAAGCCAUCGCCAUUGGCGCAGCCAACCGGUCGCAGUGCGCCGGCCGAAGGAUCUACGUCCGCGACCUGCCAUCCGGGUUCAACGCCGACCUCCUCGCCACCUGCGACGACUUCCCCAUCCUGUUCGAGCUCCGGGAGAGCCAGGAGAAGAGCCUUCUUCCUUUCCUCGCCAACCACGGCCUCGGCCCCCUCACGUACAACCGAUCUCGCUCCUGGUACCGCACCGAACCUCUCUUCUUCGAGCUCCUCUUCCACCGGCGCCUGCGUGAGUACUCCUGCCUCGUCGCCGACCCCGUCCACGCCGACGCCGUCUUCGUGCCCUACUACACGGCCCUGGCCGCACUUCCCUAUCUCUACUCCCCGACGAAUUGGAACGAUUCCGCGCUCCACGGCCGCGACCUAGCCGAUUGGCUCCUCCGCGGCGACCGCCCGGCGAUUUGGUCGCGCCGCGGUGGCCACGAUCACUUCGUCGCCGUGGCCGGCUCCGCAUGGGACUUCGAUAACGACCCCGACCAGCCGCCCCUCUGGGGCACCGCCUUCUUGGGCCUCCCCGAGCUUUACAACCUCACGGCCAUCGCACUGGAGUCCCGCGCGUGGCCCCUGCAGGAGCACGCCGUCCCGCCGCCGACCUCCUUCCACCCGGCCACCGUCGCCCGCCUCGAGGCCUGGCUCACCCGCACGCGCCGCUCCCGCCGCCCCCUUCUCAUGCUCUUCGCCGGAGGGGCGGCCCCCACCGGCGGAAGGCCCAACAUCGCCUCCAGCAUCCACGCCGAGUGCGACCUCCGGCCCGACCUCUGCGAACUCGUCGACUGUUCCAAGGGCUCCUGCGUCCACGAGCCGGCUCGGUUCAUGCGCCCCAUGCUCCGCGCCCGGUUCUGCCUCCAGCCGCCCAGCGAGACCCCGACGCGCCGGUCCACCUUCGACGGCAUCCUCGCCGGGUGCAUCCCGGUCUUCUUCGAGGAAGCCUCCGCGGAGAGGCAGUUCGGCUGGCACCUGCCGCGCCGCCGUUACGACGACUUCUCCGUCACGAUACCCAAGGAGGAGGUGGUGUUCGGGGGAAGGCGGAUCGUCGACGUGCUUCAGGCCAUACCCCCGGCGCGGGUGCUCCGGAUGAGGGAGGCAGUGCUGGAGCUGGCGCCGACGGUGAUAUACCGCCGGCACGGUAGCUCGGCAGCGCUUCGGGCGCGGAAGGAUGCGUUCGAUAUCGCCGUCGAUGGGGUUCUCCGUCGCAUCCGCCGGCGCGUACGGGAGAUGGAGCAGGGAAAGGACCCGCUCCUAUUGGUCGACGAGGAUGACGACGAGACGUGGACGUCGACGUCGACGGACGGACAUCAAUAACCCCGUCGGAAUUGCAACCUCUGCAUCAAUUCAGUAUUUAGUUCAAAUCAAAAGGCCAAAAACUCUUAGGAUUCUUGGAAAACAAAUAAAUAAACAUAGAUCGAUCAAUACCUUGAUGUAACACCUUGUUCAAACAUUCAUCAAUAUCUGUAAAAUAAUCAUUCAUAAUGAAGAGGAUGCCACUGACUUAAGAACUA